AAAACCUUGCGACUGCGACUCAACGUGUUUAAUGCAGUGCGACGGCUUGCGACUGCUUGCAACUACGUGCAACUUCUGCAACUCAGUCUCGUCGCGUCGGGAAUCUUUGGUGUGAAUUGGGCUUCAGAAGGGCAUGCACUGCACAUGCAAAGACAUUUACAUUUACAUGUGCAUUUACAUUGACAUUUAAAUUUGUUUGCAGACGGCAAAGUCUCGUCGUCACAAGACCUAUAUGGCGUAGGUUCACACCCAGCAAAUAUGGGUGUGUCUCUCUGGUUGAAACACAGCUAUGAGCUUAAAACUCAGAGUUUAGAAGUCCGUGACUGUGAACAUUACAGGUGAACUCACCUCCGCACCGUGAAUAGCCAUACAAAAACAAUAUGUCGCAAACUAUUAAGAAGAUUUCAGUUACCUACGAUGCCGUGAAUCCCAGCAACACUUUCACCAACGGAGAUUUAAUACACGGACGAGUUACCGUUGAAAUAGCAAAGGACACGAAAAUAGACAGCCUUCUCAUUAAAUUUAAAGCCAAAGCGUUCGUACGUUGGACGGAGCGUCACGGGAAAAGAACAGUCACAUACUGGGACAAGGAGAAGUACUUCACGUCCGAGCAAUAUUUCAUAAAGGAAGUCAAAGGCAACGAUGACUUUGCCCCAGGUCUGUUGAAAAAUGCAUCUGGACAGCCCUAUUGUGACGUUGUUGCCCCUGGAACUCAUGUGUACCCAUUCGCAUUUCAGGUCCCACAGCAGACUCUCCCAGCAUCCUUUAAAGGUGCAUGGGGAUAUGUUGGUUACUUCUUGGAGACAAAACUGAGCAGGUCAAUGCGACUCUCAAGCAAAGACAAAGUGGAGAUCCACUAUAUUCCAAAGCCAGUCAUUACAGAUCCAGCUCUUAUGGCACCCCAGGAUGGUACAAAAGACAAGCGGAUGAAACUGUUUACCUCUGGAAAUGUGUCAUUCAGUAUCCACACAGACAGAAUGGGCUACUCUUUGGGAGAAGGAAUUAAGGUUGUGGCCGAAGUUCAGAACAGCUCCUCGCGGGACCUCAAACCAAAGUACUGCCUUUACUCUAAGCACAGUUUCUUUGCACGGGGCAAAAGGAGGUUGAGCACUCACGAGCUAGUGAAAGUGGAAGGAGAGCCCAUUGCGCAGUCUACACAUCAAACCAUAACCAAAAUCCUCACCAUCCCACCAAGUCUCACCAUGUCCAUCCUUGACUGUAGGAUCCUGAAGGUUGAAUACAGACUCAAGGUCUACCUUGAUGUUCCAUAUGCCUCUGACCCCGAGAUCAAAUUUCCUAUUGUCAUUCUUCCGCUGGCGCCAGCCAAGGGAGACUUUGCUCCACCAGCUCCAUCUACUGGGUUUGGGGGUUAUUGGAACCCUGGCCAAGAAGGGUGGAACAGCGCCCCAUACACUGCUCCUCCUGGUCCUCCUGGUCCUUCUGAUCCUUUUGCUCCUUUUGCUCCUCCUACUUCUGCUCCUGCUGCUCCUCCUGCUCCUUCUGCUCCCUCUGCUCCUGCUGCUGCUCCUCCUCCAUCCUAUGAGUCCUAUGCACUGUAUCCUCCAUUACCUAAUUAUUAUGAUAAACCUUGAGUGAUCAAAUAGUGAUGAAUAAUAUGUUUCAGUAGUUGAUAAAAGAGGAGGGGAUACGAAGAGGAUUUUUUCCCCACACCUGAACGAAAUGAGUGAAAGACUGCAAACAAGGUUGCAAAAGAUGGACUGUAUAUGUUUUCUACCAUGACUCUUAGGAUGAUCUUAUCAGGGGCACUUAGAGAAGUUAGUGCAAUAUCAUUUACAUUAGCGUUUGUCAAUAUAUCUUAGCCAAUAUGUCUUAGCCAAUAUGUCUUAGACAAAAAUAUGAUGUCUUCAUUUUUCCAGAUUGAAGAUUGAUUGAUAUUUUUACAUUAAAACUUUAUUUAAAUGUAUUUUGUGUAUAGACUUUUCCUUAACAUAACAAUCCUGUUAUUUGCAAGGUAUCUAUUCAUCAUCCGUGUUAUUUUUUCACACAGCUUCGUUUAAUUCACAACAAUGAAUUAAUCCCCCACAAAACAAUACUGUUACCCCUUGAGGGAGAAUUGUUUAUUUUGUAAUUACUUUGUAAAGGAUGCCACCUACUGGCUAACUUGAACUCUGACAUUUGGCUCUAUUACUGUAAUGACCAAACUUCCACCUACUGUAACUGUUUGAUGAGAUGUUGCAGGUUAUAGCAUGCUCAUUGGGCCCCAGAACAAAACCGAUAUCCACUCUUUAUGGAGACCUAAAGACCUUUAAGGCUUCAAAGAGAAGAGAAGCAUGACUCGCCAUUUUUCAUAUCAGCUGCAAACAUACACUCGGGCCAAAGCAGACAAAAGCCUAUUAUUUCCACACACAAGUAAGCUGUUAAGUUCACAUAACUGUAACACCAUAGCAUAUUGAUAAUCAUGGUGUAACAUAUUUGACAGCACAUCCUUUAUAAACAAUUAUGAACACAAAUGAAAACAAA